CUGACUUAUUAUGCUGGUUGUUUGAAAUGCAGAGCAGGAACACUGUAUUACACAGUGGUGCCUGUUCCCUUCUGAAUGUGGAUUGUUUUGGAUUUUAACCUCUCUAGCCAUCUGUUUGUUAAAGAGAAAUGGAUUGGACUGAUCCCAUUGGGAUAUGCCUGGCAUUGGUCAUGACUCUUCUGUUUAUCAUGAAAAUUGGGAGGUUCUGGAGCAGCAGCAGUAGCAGCAAGGACAUCCCUCCAGGACCAAGGCCCUUACCCAUCAUUGGAAACCUGCACAUUAUAGACCUGAAGAGACCCUACCGGACUCUCCUUGAGCUGUCAAAAACUUAUGGCCCAGUCGUCAACAUUCAUAUGGGAAUCAAGAAGAUGGUGGUGCUCUCAGGUUACGAGACAGUGAAGGAAGCUCUGGUGAACCAGGCAGAUGCAUUUGCAGAGAGACCUAAAAUCCCAGUAUUUGAAGGUUCUUCCAAAGGAAAAGGUAUUAUUUUUUCACAUGGCCAAAACUGGAAGGUGAUGCGAAGAUUUGCCCUCUCAACCUUACGGGACUUAGGAAUGGGCAAGAGAGCCACUGAGGAUUACAUUGUUGAAGAGUGUGGAUAUCUGAUAGAAAAGUUUGAAUCUCAGAAAGGAAAGCCCUUUGACCCCAUUAUGAUAAUGAAUGGAGCAGUGGGUAAUAUCAUCGUAUCCCUAGUACUUGGAGAGAGAUUUGGCUAUGAAGAUCCCCAAUUCGUUAAACUCCUACAUUUGAUCAAUGAAAAUGUGCGGGUUUGUGGAAGUCCGUCAGUUAUGAUUUAUAAUCUAUUCCCAGCCCUUGGAUUUCUCCUGAAGGGCCACAAGGUUGUUCUUCGAAACAGCGAUGAACUACAUGCGUUUUCACAGGUUACGUUUAUAGAACAUCUCAGAAAACUGGACAGAAAUGACCAGCGCAGUCUUAUUGAUGCUUUCCUCAUAAGACAGCAGGAGGAAGAAAAUGACACAAAUAGUUAUUUCCAAGAUGGCAAUCUGAAAGCCCUCAUAACCAACUUGUUUACUGCUGGCUUGGAGACCACUUCCACCACGCUGAGCUGGGGCUUUCUGCUAAUGAUGAAGUACCCUGAAAUUCAGCAAAAAGUCCAGGAGGAGAUCGAGAGAGUCCUAGGAUCAAACCCUCCACGUAUAGAACAUCGAAGUAAGAUGCCCUACGCAGAUGCAGUUGUUCAUGAAAUUCAGAGGUUUGCUAACAUCCUGCCAAUGGACUUGCCUCAUGAGACUACAAUGGAUGUAACUUUAAAGGGCUACUUUAUCCCAAAGGGAACUUACAUCAUCCCCCUGCUGACCUCUGUGUUGCAAGACAAAUCUCAGUGGGAGAAGCCAGGUGCUUUCUAUCCUGAGCAUUUUCUUGAUGCUGAAGGAAAGUUUGUGAAGAAGGAGGCCUUCAUGCCUUUUUCAGCAGGUCGGAGGAUCUGCGUAGGCGAGACUCUUGCCAAAAUGGAGCUCUUCCUCUUCUUCACAAGCCUCCUGCAGAGGUUCACGUUCCAGCCUGCCCCUGGCGUUUCCCCCUCAGACCUGGACCUCACCCCUGCAGUCGGGUUUACCACACCCCCAAUGCCCCAUCAGAUCUGUGCAGUGCCCCGGUCCUAGGGUUCGCAAAUCCCCUUUCUUCCCGUGUGUGUUCUGUGCUGCAGCUCUGAGGAUACAGUGAGAUUCACGCUCUGCACCUUUGGAGGUUGUUGCGCUCUGCGUGGAUGAUUUCCAUCUUGGCAGCAAGGUCCUAGGAGGAGUAAGGAUGGUAGAAGAAGAAGGCAGGGGGGGAUUGCAGCACCAUGUAGUCUCUGCUGAUGUUGAUUUUACCGAUCCCACACUGAAAGCAGGAUUUCUUGCUUUCUCUACCUUGUGAUGUUAAAAAUAGGUUAAGCAACAUGUAUGCAAAACACCCCCUUUCUCUUAUGAAUAGGGAUCCACUGGAAUUGCAAUUGUGCAAUUUGUGUGAAAACCAUGAAUUCAGGCAGGUUCUGUGAAAAAGUGCAGGCUCUGUGCUUCUGGUGGGCUUGCUUGAAAAAAAAAAA